GAGCUAAAGCGCUGAAGCUGAUAAGGCUUGGUUACUCUGCUUUUCCCAAGUAGUACUGGGUUGUGCAAACAUGGCGACGAGCUCUCAUCUUCUUGUUCCUCAGGCACUGCACAUGAUUCCGAGAAUCCCUACUAAGAAUCUAGGUGUUUCUUCAUUUAUACUAUCAGUGAACUCUCGGAUUUCAGUUUCUAGGGUUUCUCUAAAACACUCCAUCUCGAACUUUGGCUUCGCAAUGGAUUCCAGGAAGAGAAGGGAGUUUGUCGCUAAAGCCGAAGAGAGCACUGAAGGUGAAGACACUGAAGCAGUUUCGGAGGAUGUUGCUGAAACAGUAGAAGCCACUGAGGUGGAGGAAGAUAAACCUCCGUGGAAGCCAAGGACUAAGCUCGGAGAUGUCAUGGGGAUACUGAACCAGAAAGCAAUUGAGGUUUCAGAGAAAGUAAGACCGGUUCCAGAGAUUAGGACAGGGGACAUUGUAGAGAUCAAACUGGAAGUUCCUGAGAACAGACGUAGGCUAUCCAUCUACAAAGGGAUAGUGAUGUCUAGGCAAAACGCAGGCAUCCACACUACUAUUCGUAUCCGGAGAAUCAUUGCAGGCAUCGGUGUUGAAAUCGUUUUUCCUAUAUACUCGCCCAACAUAAAGGAGAUAAAAGUGGUGAGUCACAGGAAAGUGAGAAGAGCAAGGCUUUACUAUCUCAGGGACAAACUUCCUCGUCUCUCUACUUUUAAAUGAGGACCAGUCUUGUGCUGUAUUCAACCUCCAAAGGUAGACUCUUGUCUCCACCCUCUUCUUUGUAAGAAUUGUUUGUUUGUUUGUUUGCUUGCUUGUCUUUUGGAUUUUGUUACUCUUCAUGUAAUAUUACAGUGACAUUUGAGAAAAGUAAAUCAAAAUGUUUGGUGAGGCUCCC